AUGGGCCUGAAAUUCGGGUGCCUUGAGCGAAAGGCCGCCGGAUUUUUCCACAGCUACGGCCUGAUUGUGGCCCGUUAUCCGGCCAUUUUUAUGGUCUUGCCCAUUUUAACCACAAUGUUUUUUGCGACUGGACUUAUUGGGUUGGAGCCGCUGAGUGAUGCACUGUAUUUGUAUACACCUACAGAUGCGCCAAGUAAGGUGAGGAGUUUUUGUACCAGAAAAAAAAAAAAAAAAAAUUUAAUUUUUACCAAAAUUGUAGCCUCUACAACUUCAAAAAGGUAAAUAAUGAAUGGGACCCCAAAAGGGACCCCGAAUGACUGAAUGGUCCCCCGGUGUUUAAAAAUCGUCGUGAUGAAUGGGACCCCAAAAUAAUAAAAUGGGACCACAGCAUUUUUUUUUGAAUUGUCUGAAUGGGACCCCGCAAAAAAAGGGACCCCGUUGACAUUUUCUAUUAGUACGAAUGGGACCCCACUGAAUUUUUUUCAGAAUGGGACCACAGGUAGGCUUAAACUUAGACGUAUCCUCAGCACUGGGGUUCGGCAUAGGCUUAGGCUUAGUUAGGAUUUUAGGCUUAGGCUUAGUUAGGUCUUUAGGCUUAGGCUUAAUCAGGGUUUUAGGUCUUUGUUAGGGUUUCAGGCUUAGGCUUAGUUAGGAUAUCAGGCUUAGGCUUAGGUAACAUUUUAGGCUUAGGCUUAAUUAGGGUUUUACGCUUAGGCUUACUUAGGAUUUUUAGCCUAGGCUUAGGCUUCAAAUUUUGUAUCCCUUUCAGUAUAAAAUUCAACGCGGUCCCUUUUUUUGCGGGGUCCCAUUCAGACAAUUCAAAAAAAUUUUGUGGUCCCAUUUGGGGUCCCAUUCAUUAUUUGCCCUUCAAAAAUCUCACCUCCACUUCCAAAAAAUUGCAGACCGAACGUCGAAUAAUUCAUGACGCGUGGCCACUCGUCGACGGCAGCUACGUGGCAGGUCGCGCAGUCACACAAUCCCGUGAAGUUCAAGUCGCGGUGGUGGCGAAAGGCGAUUCGCCGACCACCGAGAAAAACAUUCUGGAACCGCAAUACGCUGCGGAACUCAAGCGGAUGGAUGCGUUCAUUCGGAAUCGAAUUGAAGUCGAGUUUGCGAAUCGAACCUGGAAUUUUGGGGAUUUGUGUUUGGCUGGACCUGAUGGACGGUGCGCUAAUAAUGAUCAUAUUCAACUGGUGUCAAGAUUGUGGGCUCAUGGGAUUAAUAUCACUUAUCCGACUGUGAGAUUGGGAAAGAAGUGAGUGGAUUUUGGGAGGUGGGAGGCUUCUGAAGACUUCUGGAGGCUACUCCAGGCUUAUUCAGGCUUCUCCAGGCUUUUGAAGACUUCUGGAGGCUUCUGAAGGCUUAUGAAGACUUCUGGAAGCUUCUGGAGGCUUAUGAAGGCUGCUGAAGACUUCUGGAGGCUGUUCAAGACUUCUGGAGGCUUCUGGAGGCUUCCAAAGGUUUCUCAAGACUUCUGGAAGCUUAUGAAGGAUUCUGAAGACUUCUGGAGGCUUCUCCAGGCUUCUCAAAACUUCUGAAGGCUUCUGAAGACUUCUGGAGGCUUCUGGAGGCUGUUGAAGACUUCUGUAAGCUGCUCCAGGCUUCUCAAGACUUCCAAAGGCUCAUUAAUUCUUCUGGAAGCUUCUCAUCACUUCUGGAGACUUCUGGAGGCUUCUCCAGGCUUCUGAAGGCUGCUGAAGGCUUCUGAAGACUUCUGGAGGCUUCUGAAGACUUCUGGAAGCUUCUCCAGGUUUCUCAAGGCUUCUCUAGGCUUCUCAAGACUUCUGAAGACUUCUGGAGGCUUCUGGAGGCUUUGAAAAUUCAACAAUUUCAAAUUCCCGCUUUAAAAAAACCACUCAAAUUGAAAACCGCGCCGCAAAAUUGCAUUUUUUUCCAGAUCCGCCUACAUUGCAGCAGCUUUGGGUGGAGUAAAACUAGCGCACACCGAAAAUCAGGAUGAAGAUAUCAUUGUGGGCGCUUCAGCGUGGCUACUGAUCUAUCAACUCAAAUUCUACCCAAAUCAGAUUUCCUACAUUUCUGGAUUGUGGGAAAAGGAAUUUAAAGAGAGGAUGGAUGAGUAUAAGAAGACUACCAAAUAUAUUUCGAUAACCUAUUUUCACUCGCAAACUUUGAGCGAUGAAUUGACGAGAAAUGCGGAAAGGCUGGCGCCGAAGUGAGUUGGGAUAAGUAGGCUUGAAGAUCUGAUGAGCUCAUACAUGAACUAGUCGCUCCGGGGACUCUCGAGUUAACCCCCCUUCCAGGGGAAAUUUUCAAAAAGGUGACCCCCCUAACCCAUUUUUGCUGAUUUUUUAUCACAAAAAGCAUAAAAUACCCUAAAAAUUUAAAAAGUUAACAAGGGAAGUGCAUAGGGUUAGGUGUUGAACUUUUGAUGAAACGUUCAAAAUAAACCAAAUCGACCAUGCUGAUCACGAAUCCGAAGUCAAAAAUUGCCACAAAUGCCUGUGAGCACUUUUCUGGAGCUCCAAAGUUGAAAUUGAGUUUUGGUUUUCGUCCAUUUUCACCAUGUUCCAGGGUGGAAAAUCAAUUUCUAUAACAUGAAUAAGGUUGUUCUUCACAUUCGAAAACCUAUCCGCUUUUCAGUUUUUCGAAAAAUAUGAAAAACCAGCUGAAAACUGUAAUUUUCGAAAAUGCACGAAAAACUUUGAAAAACGUGUGUAUUUACGUGUGAUUGUGUGUAUUUUCAGGAUAUUCUUAAAAGUUGCAGUUUUCAGCUGGUUUUUCAUAUUUUUCGAAGAACUAAAAAGCGGAUAUGUUUUUGAAUGUGGUGAACAACCUUAUUCAUGUUAUAAAAAUCUAUUUUCCACCCAGAAACAAGGUGAAAAUGGGCAAAAACCAAAACUCAAUUCUAACUUUGGAGCUCCAGAAAAGUGCUCACAGGCAUUUGUGGCAAUUUUUGACUUCGGAUUCGUGAUCAGCAUGGUCGAUUUGGUUUAUUUUGAACGUUUCAUCAAAAGUUCAACACCUAACCCUAUGCACUUCCCUUGUAAGCCCCUACCUCUAAAAUGCAACAAAAAUAGGAAAAAGAAAAAAAAAAGAAAAAAAUUUGAAUACAAACAAAUAAAAUAAAAAAAUAAUUAUGUUAGAGACGCAGAGAAGAUGAGAGAGAGAGAGUGUGUGGAAAAAGGGGAGAGUAGUAGAGAUACCUACACUCUUGGCUUGCCCGUUGUUUAAUUUUCAAACAUUGUUUGAGCGGAGUGUCGUUAUUUUAUUUUUUGCGCGUAGGAUUUGGUGUUUGCGGGCAGUUGACACACACUCUUAUUUUGUCGGGUUUUGGAUUUAUUUUUUAUUUUUUGCAUGAAAUUUUGAUUUUGUGAGGCUAAAGAUUUGGCUAAGCCUAAAGAGUAAGGCUAAGCCUAACUUUAACCCCAACCCUAAGUACCUACCUUUUCUUAUCCCCAAUUUUUCCCCAGAUUCAUCGCCGCCUUCGUAAUUUUGGUAAUAUUCUCUGUAAUCUGCUCAAUAGUCACAAUUAAAGGAACAUGGUACAUCGAUUGGAUUGUCACCAAACCGAUUCUAUCGAUUUUGGGAGUUUCGAACGCUGGUAUGGGAAUUGCGAGUGCUAUGGGCAUUUUGACCUAUCUCAAUAUACCCUAUAAUGAUAUUAUUGCAGUUAUGCCGUUUUUGGUUGUUGGUGAGUUUUGAUAACUUGACUCGGGGCUUUUGGAGGGUUUGUUGAACUGCUGAAGGCUUCCCAAGGCUUCUCAAGGCUUCCCAAGGCUUCCCAAGGCUUCCCAAGGCUUCCCCAGGCUUCCCAAGGCUUCCCAAGGCUUCCCAAGGCUUCCCAAGGCUUCCCAAGGCUUCCCAAGGCUUCCCAAGGCUUCCCAUGGCUUCCCAAGGCUUCCCAAGGCUUCCCAGGGCGUCCCAAGGCUUCCCAAGGCUUCUCAGGGCUUUCCAAGGCUUCCCAAGGCUUCCCAAGGCGUCCCUAGGGUUCCCAAGGCUCCCCGAGGCUUCCCAAUACUCCCCGAGGCUUCCUAAGGCUUCUCAAGGCUUCCCAAGGCUUCCCAAGGCUUCCCAAGGGUUCCCAGGGGUUCCCCAGGCUUCCCCAGGCUUCCCAAGGCUUCCCGAGGCUUCUGGGAGCUUCCCAGGGGUUCCCCAGGCUUCCCAAGGCUUCCCAAGGCUUCCCAAGGCUUCCCCAGGCUUCCCAAGGCUUCCUAUAGCUUCUCAAAGGGCGUCCCAAGGCUUCCCAAGGCUUCCCAAGUCUUCCCAAGGCUUCCCAAGGCUGCCCAAGGCUUCCCAACCUCGUUUUUCCAGCCGUCGGCACCGACAACAUGUUCCUGAUGGUAGCCUCGCUGAAACGCACCGACCGUACGCACGCCUAUCCGCACCGCAUCGCCGAAUGCAUGUCCGACGCGGCCGUCUCCAUCCUCAUCACAGCCUCCACCGAUGCCCUGAGUUUCGCCGUCGGCACAAUCACCACAAUCCCAGCCGUCCAAAUCUUCUGCAUCUAUACAAUGUGCGCUCUACUGCUCACCUUCGCCUAUCAACUCACAUUCUUCUGCGCCGCUUUGGUCUAUUAUACGAGAUGGGAGGAGCAAGGCAUGCACAGUGUAUGGCUCAAACCUGCCGUAUCCCAGGAGAGUUCAAACUCCAUGUCGUGGACUGUCAAAAUGUUGUGGCUUGGCUCGAAACCCGCGCCGGAAGCCCACUGCGCUGCCACGUCAUUUUUCCGUAACUGGUAUGCUCCGGUGCUUAUGCAACCUGUGAUAAGGUUUAUCGCCGGGGUUUGGUAUUUGAUCUACCUGGCAUUAUCGAUUUAUGGUUGCUAUCAUCUUCGGGAGGGACUUGAGCCUGCGAAUUUGCUUGUUGAUGAUUCAUACGCCACUCCGCAUUACAGGUAGACCAGGUGUUUCUCUCUCUAGUUUGGCUAGCUUCUGCGUCUCUAACUUCUCUAGUUUCUCUGAGUCUCUACCCUCUCUACCCUCUCCACCCUCUCUAGUUCUACAGAGUGCUCGAGCAACACUAUUGGCAUUACGGAGCAAGUCUGCAGAUUGUAGUCAGCAACCCGCCGGAUCUCCGGAACCCCGCGGAACGCGCGGAAAUGGACCGCAUGGCUAGCGUCUUUGCAAAUUGUCAUACCGCAAUAGGAGAUGAGGGUGUGCAAUUUUGGCUCAGAGAGAUGCUCAGGGAGGAAUCUGAACUAUUCGAGAGGAAUCUUCCGAACACCACCACCACCGACUUCGACACCCACUUCUAUUCGCUGGCCGCUCAGUUCAUCUACGAGGAUAUGAGUCAACCGUGGGUUGUGGAUGUGGUUUGGGCACAGGAACCCCCCGGAACUGGUCGGCAUUUUAUCAAGACUUUUCGAUUUAUGAUUGGGAUGAGGGAUAUUUCCACAACGACCAAGCAGACUGAGGCUACGAAUACUUUCAGAGAGGUUGGUUUUGGGAAAAACUGGAAUGACACCACAACUAGGGAUGGAAAAGCGGGCCCCGCUUACGUAAAAACGUGACCUACUUUUUUCGGAAUCGUUUUUUUUGCCCGAUCGCCCGAUCGCCCGUUCGCCGCCUAAAAAUAGAAAUGGCUCAUUUUUUCACGUGUCGACGAAUAUUUUUUCAAAACAAAAUUUUUCGGCGGCGAACGGGCGAUCGGGCGUCCGGGCAAAUGGGUCGUCCAGAAAUGGGGCGAUCGGGCGUCCGGGCAAAUGGGUCGUCCAGAAAUGGGGCGAUCGGGCGUCUGGGCGAUCGGGCGUCCGGGCAAAUGGGUCGUCCAGAAAUGGGGCGAUCGGGCGUCUGGGCGAUCGGGCGUCCGGGCAAAUGGGUCGUCCAGAAAUGGGGCGAUCGGGCGUCUGGGCGAUCGGGCGUCCGGGCAAAUGGGUCGUCCAGAAAUGGGGCGAACGGGCGUCCGGGCAAAUGGGUCGUCCAGAAAUGGGGCGAUCGGGCGUCUGGGCGAUCGGGCGUCCGGGCAAAUGGGUCGUCCAGAAAUGGGGCGAUCGGGCGUCUGGGCGAUCGGGCGUCCGGGCAAAUGGGUCGUCCAGAAAUGGGGCGAUCGGGCGUCUGGGCGAUCGGGCGUCUGGGCGAUCGGGCGUCCGGGCAAAUGGGUCGUCCAGAAAUGGGGCGAUCGGGCGGCCCUAACGCCCGUUUUCCAUCUCUAACCACAACUAUACAAGGCGCCCGUUGAGUCAGACGCGAGACGACGAGAGUAUUUUGCAAAAUAUUUCGAAAAUUAAUUUCGCUUCGAGAUAUUUUCAAUAAAACAUGUUGUGUUCCUUGAAACAAAAUACGGUAUUUUUUCAAAAAUAUCUCGCAGCGAUGUCUUUGAUGACGUCAUCUCUCGUCUGACCCGAUGGGCACUUGGAGUAAAUGGUUGUGACACGUGGAAUUUUUCAGAUCGCCUCUCGUUUCGAGCGAUACAAUGUCACGACCUACAUGCCUCUCUGGCUCUUCACAGAUCAGUAUGCUUUGGUGGUCCCGAAUACGGUAAGGCAGAUCUCGUAAGGGCUAACAAGGGAAGUGCAGGGUUAGGUUCUGAAAUUUUGAAAUAUAACCUAAUCUCAUGCACUUCCCUUGUAAGGGCUAAGCCUAAGCCUAACCUAUCCUUUAAGUCUAAGCCUAACCCAAUUCCACUCAUUUUCAGCUGCAAGACAUUGUGGUAGCCGUCUCCUGUAUGCUUCUGAUUUCCGCAGUCUUGAUCCCCGAACCCGUUUGCUCAUUUUGGGUGGCUGUCACCAUUGCCUCAAUCGAUUUGGGUGUUUUAGGAUUUAUGACACUUUGGGAUGUGAAUUUGGUGAGUUGGGAAGCAUUUUGCAACUGAAUUUGGUGAAAAAUAGAUCAUUUUUAGUUUUGAAACCACGUGUCAAACCCAACCAAAAUCAAAAUUUGAUUGAUUUCAGGACGCCAUCUCAAUGAUCACAAUAAUCAUGUCAGUCGGUUUCUCCGUCGAUUAUUCCGCACAUAUCACCUAUGCCUACGUCAUCUCCAAAGAAUCCACAACCACCAAAAGAGUCUGCGAUGCUUUGGGAGACUUAGGUUGGCCUGUGGCUCAGGGAGCAAUGUCGACAAUAUUGGCCGUCUCAGUUUUGGCCGAUGUUCCCGCUUAUAUGAUCGUCACAUUCUUCAAAACCGUAUUUUUGGCGAUUUCUAUCGGAUUUGCACAUGGUUUGGUGUUCUUGCCUUUGAUGUUGUCGGUGUUUGUUGGAUGUUGUGGAUCGAGGAAGAAGAUCGGGGAUUGUUCGGAAGCCUAG